UGUCCAAAUUUGUUAUUCUAAAUAUCGUAUAGAUUUCAUCAUAACAGUGUUCGAAAGAAAUAAACUUCCGACAUUUUCAGAUGGUAUAAAUUUCCCUGUAAAAUACUUAUUCAACUACGCAUAUAGAUAUUAUCAUGGGUGUUGAUUAGAGGAUAAGCAAUCAUCUAAUACUUAUAAAAAUAUAAACAUCCUGAAAAUCCGAAGAUAACGAUGACUGGUAUCCCUAUGGUAACACUUCUUUUAGUAGGCUUGUCUUUUGGAAAUAUCUGUAAAAAGGGAGAGACAAAUUACACAACUUACCAAUACGGUGCAAUAUACAAAGCAGCGUCUUUGAUCGUGUCUCACAGGACUUGUCAUAAAUUCGUUUUUAAAUGUUGGACAAAAUAUAGAACAGUCACGAGGUUAAUUACUGUAAAAGCUAGUUAUAUGGUUGUUAGAUGCUGCCCUGGCUUCGAUACUGUUAAUGAUGAAUGUAAGCCAGGUUGUGAAGAAGGCAUGACUGGUGCUAAAUGCACCCAUAACUGCAACUCGUGUCCGGCACAUUGUGACAUGGGAACAGGUUCCUGCUUUUGUGAGCCAGGAUACUUUGGUUACAAUUGCACGAAAGAAUGUUCAAGAGGUUCUUAUGGUGUAAAUUGCGAACAAAAGUGUGGAUGUAGUAAUAACAGCACGUGUAAUGUCGUUGACGGAUCUUGUAACUGCACGUCUGGUUGGCAUGGACCAUUGUGUGAUAACGAAUGUUUGCAUGGUACAUUCGGACCAAACUGCAAGUGGCCUUGUAGUUGUAAUAACAGUAACAAUAGUAUAAAUGACUCCUGCAAUCGUUAUAGUGGUCAGUGUGCCUGCAAGUCCGGGUGGACCGGACGGACAUGUGACAAAGAAUGUUUGCAUGGUACAUUCGGACCAAACUGCAAGUGGCCUUGUAGUUGUAAUAACAGUAACAAUAGUAUGAAUGACUCCUGCAAUCGUUAUACUGGUCAGUGUGCCUGCAAGUCCGGGUGGACAGGACGGACAUGUGACAAAGCUCACCUAGAUAACGGAGAAACAGGGAGUACAACGAGUACAGCAGCUGACCUAGAUCAUGGAGUGUCAGUCGAUACUAUGAGUACAACAGGCAAAAAUGAAAACGGUGUAGAAGUUGGAGCAAUAAUUGGAUCUGUUUUUGGUGCAUUAGCUAUUUGUGUAAUCUUCGGUGUAAUUUGUGCCUGGUUUAUUCUAAGCAGGAAAGGAAUGGCGAAAGACUCUAGGAAGGAAAAUCAACCUCAGCCAAUAGUGUCUCAAGAAAUAGAGUUUACUGAACCGCCAUCAACAUCAAACAAUUACGAACAACUUCAGAACAGAACGGAUACUGAAAAUAGGGAGACAUAUGAUUCCUUGGAAGCAAACGCCAGCUCCGUACCAAACAGCCAACCUCAGUAUGAGAGUCUGGAGCAUGGAGCAGAGACAUUUCACAUUUAUACAGAUCUAAACCCGUAGGAAAAAGAAAUCAUAUAUAAAGAUGAAAUAUUCUGAAAUUGAAAAAUUACGAUUUAGUUUUGUAUAUAUUUUUAUAAUAAUAUAUAAUAACUUUUAUAUAUUAUAACUUUUUUUUUAUUACGAUUUCUCAUUUAAAAAAACAACAUCUGUUUCAGAUGACAUUUCUGUAGAAGAUUUCAAGACAUAUUUUGAAAAAUUUAUCUAACAGUAUUUUUGAAUAAAAAAAUUUAGAGUUUAAAACGUUUUGUAAUGAACAUGAUUUUAAUUCAAGUGAUUGUAGGUUUGAUGAGUUAGAUAUACCCAUUACAUGUGAGGAGAUCCGUUAAGCUGUAAAAUCCUUAAAACAGAAUAAAGCUUUCGGAUCAGACUGUUUAUUAAAUGAGUAUUUUAUAUCAUCUAUAGAUAUUUUAUGUGGACAUAUAUGUGAUUUAUUUAAUAUUGUUUUAGAGUCAGGUUUUUUCCCAGAUAAAUGGACAGAGGGUGUUAUUGUGCCUGUGUUCAAAAAGGGUGACUCAGGUGACGUAAAAAAUUACAGGGGAAUUACUCUCCUAAGUUGUUUAUCUAAACCUUUUACUACUGUAUUAAAUACUAGAAUUGAAAAUUUUUGUUCAAACAAUUGCAUUAUAUCAGACUGUCAAUUUGUUUUCAGGAAAGGAAAAUCAACUAUAGAUGCCAUAUUUAUUUUACAAAAUGUAAUUCAACACUAUCUUAAUAAUAAUAAAAGGUUAUAUGUAGGGUUUAUUGAUUUAAAAUCUUGUUUUGAUAGCAUAUGUAGAAACUCGCUUUGGUUGAAAAUGUAUCAGUGUGGCAUUCAAGGUAAAAUAUUGCGAAUCAUUAGAGAUAUGUAUAAUAAAGUUAAGUCAUGUGUAA